AGAGACUGUACCGGGCCAGGGGACGGUGGGAGGAGCCCAACACUGGGGAGGAAGCCGGCGCGUCACGUGGGCGCCCGCAGAAGGCGGCGCGUUUUUGCCGGGACAGGGCGCGUGCGGGGGUGACACCGGAAUGAAACAGUAGUGCGUCGCCGCCGGGAACCGGAGCUGUCACACGGGAGACGCGACACGCGAGAUGGCUGACAGUGAGCAGCAUCCGCAGGAUCAGCAGGUUCAGCAGACGGAGCGGGCCGACCCUAUCGGGGCCGAGUCUCCCGCUCCUGCCGCACAGCCCGAGCACACAACACAGGUUCCGGGCCUAUCGUCCGCCCCCGGCCGACCAGUCGCCAGCUCACCCCUCCGUCGGCUCACCGACCGACUCACCACCAUGUUCUCACCGCCCAGGAAGAAGGUCGUGGAGCGGCGCCACACGGUGGAGACCACCAGCGAAUCUCAGCGGAUGGUCUCUCUGGGAGUGCCUGAUCCGACGCUGAGCCGACUGGCCGCUGACGCUGACCCAGAGGGAGGUGCCGACGAUCAGAGCACGCGCACCUGCGCGCCGUCCAAAACGAAAAUCAUCAUCGUGCUGCUAGCGCUGGUGACGUUCCUGGUGAUUGUGAUCGUGGCGGUGACGCACCAGGGCACCACCGGCCGCCGGAGACACGCCUCCUACCUCUGGGACGCCACGGCGCGCAUCGUCAGUGACGAACACGUGGAGACGAUGGCCUCCUGCGGCCUGGUCAGAGGCCGGGUGGAGAAGGAGGCGUUCGUGUUCCACGGCGUGCCGUACGCACUGGCGCCGGUCGGCCGCCGCCGGUUCCAGACGGCCGAGUCGCCGCCGGGCCUCUCCAGCUGCUGGACCGGGGUGCUGGAGGCCACCGGGCCGCCGGGCGCCGCGUGCCCGCACCUGGCUGCCGACGGCACGCCGGCCGGUGGCGCCGAGGACUGCCUGACGGUGGACAUCUACACGCCGCGGGUGCCGUUCACCGAGCCGCUGCCGGUGGUGGUGUUUGUCGGCGGAGAUACCCUCAGCGGCCGCACCCCGGCCGAGCUGCGACCCGAGCCCGAGCUGGCCCGGCGGCACGGCGUUGUGUUUGUGACGGUGCGCGUGCGCCGCAGCGUGCUCGGCUUCCUGGCGUCCGAGGUGCUGUCGCGCGCCUCGCACCCGCACGCCUCCGGCAACUACGGCCUCUCGGACCUGUUGGCGGCGCUCGAGUGGCUGUCACUGAACGCCGAGCACUUUGGCGGCUCGGCGCAGCGCGUAACGCUGCUGGGACACCAGUCGGGCGCCACGCUCAUGUCGCUGCUGACGGCCGUGCCGCGCUCCAAGCAGCUCUACACCAACAUGUGGCUGACGGGCGGCUCCGGUCACCUGGACAACUUCACCAUGCCGGACCUGCGGCAGGCGUCCGAGAACAACGCCCAGUACCUGUCGUACGUGGACUGCGCCGACGCGCGCUGUCUGAGGAACCGCACCGUGCAGCAGCUGCUGGAGGCCGUGCCGCGCGUCUGGCACCGCAUACCCACAGGUCUGCCGCGUCUGAACGAGCCGCGCCACAACUGGCUGGUUCGGGACGGCUUUCUGCUGACGGAGAGCGUGCACGACGCGUGGGCCGAGUCGCAGGAGCGGCGCCGCGAGCUGCCCGACCCGCUGAUCGUGCUGGGCGUGAACGCGCAGCAGGACGGCGCGCCCGACCUGUACGGGGUGCGCGAGUGGAACGUCAGCUCGGUGGCCGAGUCGUACGUGGCCACCACGCUGGGAACAUUCCCCGGAGAGCUGCGUGACCGGGCGACGCGGCUGUACCUGCGCCACGGCGGGGACCCGUGGACCCAGAUCGCCACUAUGGUCAGCGACGUCCGCACCGUGUGCCCGCUGUACGCGGCCGCUCGCCGCGCCGCCGGCCACUUCACCAACCGGGCCUACUUCUACCUGGCUGCCCAGAAGCGCCACGGCGAGACCGGCUUCAUUGCGGACGCGCGCUCCGACAUCGAGGCCAUCCUGGGCGUGUACAGAGCCGAGACGAUCGAGCAGCGCAAGUUCGUCGACAACAUGCAGCACAUGUUCUACAAGUUUGUGCGCGAGGGCCGGCUGCCGCUGGACGCGUCGGCCGCCGACAAGGUGUACGUCGUGGACGACGGCAUCGGCACGGUGUCGAGCCAUCGGAGCUGCGACGACCUGUGGAACAGCAGCGGCCUCUACCCGCAGUACGCCAGGAGGGACUGACGAAGGCGGUUUGAGCGGAGCGUGCGGCGAGAGAGGACGGGGUCAGCAGCGGGAAGCUGAAAAGCGAACGCCAUGUCAGGCAGAGACGGAUCAGUCUGUGAAGUGUGGAGUACUGGACGAGAGUAGGGUCUCUGAGAUAUCGCUUCGCCUCGGCAGUGCAUGUGAAGCUGCCUCAGUCAUGCUGUGUUUGAAGCUCAGAUAACGUGACGCGUGCCACAGGCUGACAGGGACACGCCCUAAGAAACAUCGAAAACUCCACGUCAGGAGAGAAGUGGUCCAUGAGUGAAUGAACUGUGAGAUGUAUUUUAUUACAGGGCUGAAGGAGAGACUGUGUGACAGUGAGUGUUGGAUGGGACCAAGAAAUUAACGUUUUGAGUUGUUCCUUCACAGGUGAACAAAACACAUCUUAUUGCAUUGCGUUGUGAGUGCCGCAUUUGUACGCAUUUUCGCGUCAUUUUGUAUGUCGUGUGUAUUUCUGCCGAUACUGCAGAACUUUGAACUCAUGUGUCGGCAUCUGAUAGACCAUGUGCUCGUCAGUGACGCGAACAUUGGUAAGGCGUGUGGGCGCGUCCGAGCGACUUGCCACCUUCACUCGUGUGUCAGUAAUGAGUUCUUUCCGCGCUGUGUGUGAGUCGGCGGGCGCUGGCGGGGCAGCGCAUUAGUCAUAUGUGCAUAUAUACAUUAUACAUAGCA